GGCAUCUUUGAACACAUCGUUCCUCCUUCACUUCUCACAGAGAUGAGAGGAGCAGCUAUGAGUCUAACUGCAGCAGCGAGUGGAUUAGUUGUCUUCCUGCUCUCUGUGUCAGUGGUUCAGGGUCAGUAUGGCUGGGGAGUGACUUACUCUUCUACUGAGAUCUGUGCAGUGAACGGAUCAACAGUGGAGAUAAGAUGCAGCUACACAUACCCAUCUACAUUGAAAGGAAGUGUAAACACAGCACAGAAAACAUUCUGGUUCACUAAAUGGAAAGAUGCUGAACCUGUAGAUGUGAAAACAGACUCAGAGUACGCAGGUCGUGUAGAGGAUCUCUGUGAAAACAACACCUGCACUCUGAGAAUCAGAAACCUGACAGAGAGCGACUCAGCUGAGUACUGGUUCAGGUUCACAACAAACCAAGCAGAUGGAAAAUAUGAUGGUUCGACUGGCGUCACUUUGUCCGUCACAAAUCUCCAGGUCAUAUCAGAUAUAUACUGGCUGUCUUGUCAGAACAGUUGUUAUCAAUCUUAUAUUCCUUCCUACAUCUGGUACAAGAACGGACAACUAAUCCAGGGAGAAACAUCUUAUUAUAUAAGCAACCCGAACAAGGCAGACAGUUAUUCCUGUGCUUUGAAGGGACAUGAGGACUUUCCCUCUCCUCCAGUGUGUGUCAGAGGUCAAACCUGCAACAGAGUGACUUACACAGAGAGAAGCAUCUGCGCCCCCAAAGGAUCAUCAGUGGACAUUUCCUGCACGUACAGCAGCUUUGAAGACAAUGUUAAUUCUAAGUUCUGGUUCAGUCCUGAGCGUAGUCAUCAGGGACAGAAUCCCUCUCAACCUGAGGACCUUAGUGAAGACUCCCAGUAUGCAGGUCGUGUUCAGAUCCUUGAGACAGAGAGAGGACGCUCCACUCUGAGGAUCUCUGACCUGAGAGACUCAGAUUCAGCUCAGUAUCUCUUCAAAUUCAAAACACCAAGCUUUGAAUGGAGGAGUGAUUUACCUGGUACCACUCUGACUGUCACAGCUCUCCAGGUGCAGGUGAUCAGAGCAAAGGUCUACAACUAUUCUACUGAGGCAGAGCUGAAGUGUCACAGCAGCUGCAGUCCAGCUGGUUCUCUGAACUACGUCUGGUUCAAGAACGGAGAGAAAAUCAAAGCAACGGUGAUAUCUUCUUAUAAAGGCUUGUUUCAGCCCAGAGACAACAUCUCUUGUGCUUUUGAAGGACAUGAAGACUUCCAAUCUCCUGCAUUGUAUGCUCCAAAGCUUCCCUCUGUGUCAGUGAGUCCCUCUGCUGAGAUAGAGGAGGGCAGUUCAGUGACUCUGACCUGUAGCAGUGAUGCUAACCCAGCAGCUAACUACACCUGGUACAAGGAGGAUGAAGACUCUCCAAAAGCUUCAGGACAGAUCUUCAACAUCACUGACUUCAGAGCUGAACACAGUGGGAGUUAUUCCUGUGGAGCCCAGAACAAGUUAGGACGUAGUAACUCCACCUUUCAUCUGAUUAGUGUAGCAGGUAAGUUCUCCACAUUCACCAGACCUGAUUCACUUUGUAAUAUGAAGCAACCCAAGCAUAUUCAACAUGUCAGUGUUCAGGGAGGAUCCUCCAUGGUGUCAGAGGUGGAUCACACUGACUAUGUGAUGUAUCAAUCAAGCAGUUAG